GUCGUGCAGCAGUUCCAUGGGAUCAAGCACGGCGCUGCUGUUGGAAUGCAAGAAGGGGCUCGAGGCAUCCCCCUUCGACUACAACCACAUCUUAGCAGCAAGUGUUCUAGACGUGUGGCGUGGGCUGACUGCACAUGUGGAGCGGCAACUCGCGCAGGAGAAAGGAAUCGUCAUCCCUGUAUUUGGAAAAUUUGCGUUCCUCAAAGGAACAGACGCGGCGACACCGAUGUUUACCUUCACGGACAAGUUCAUGAAGUCGUAUCGGGUGACGUCCAAGCGGCCGUUGCCAGCUUUGACAUGGCAUUGUGGAGAUGUCAACUAUUCUAUCGUGGCUGCGGACGGUGGAAUGAUGAAGGAUCAAGCUCAACACACGGUCGAAGCGAUUUUCAAACACGUUGGGGAGGUCGCUCAAGCAGGCACUCGGUCCUGUCGAUUGAGUUUCGGUGCGGUCGGAAGCAUCCUUGUCGAAGGCAAGUGCAUCUCAUUCCGCUACGAUCCAGCUUUUCUCCAUGCAUUGCAGUGCAAAAACCCAAAUAGCACUCCUGUUAAACGUACUCCGUCGCACAUCGAAGCCCUCGAAGCAUUGGCAGACAUUACCCCGUCGCGGCAAGUGAAGCCAUCGCGAACACCACAUGAGGAUAUCGUGACGCUUAACAACUACAUGACACCGCCAUCAUCUUCCGAGGCGAAAACCACUGGGACACCAGCGCACGUGACGUUGUCCAUGUCAGCUGAGUGUGCUCCCGCCAAGAACACCAAACAUCACGAAAGAAAACACACGAAGAAGGCUGCACCGUCGCCACAGCUCAUGAAGUGUGCUUCUGACAGCGUUCUGGGUGUCGCCGCGUCGAAUCAGCACAGCUCCGGCAACAUUUUGCCGCGAUUUCUAAUCCCUGAAACCAGGACCAACCGCACGCAAUCCACGAGUGAGCUCCAGCAACUCAUUCUGGACAAGGCGUACGACCGUCACGAAGCGGCGCAAGCGCGCAAUCGAGCGCUUGUGGAAGCCAUGGAUGCCGCAUAUGCCCAGCGCACCAAGGCCAUUGAAAUUCGGCAUCUAAAAGAUCGCGCGACAGUUGCACUGCAGCACCGCGACAUGCAUGAUCACUUGCUGCAGCAGACUCUGGAGAAACAACAGCGAGCAACAUUCGACCAGCAGCAACGAGCGGCAGUCGUCACAGAGGCCGUGACUAUCCUUCCCCAAGCCAGGGUUCGGACAAGGGCGCAAGAAACAGCACACAAAGCAACACUGCGGAAGCAGUUGGACGCAGAAAUCCACAAGAAGCGCGAACGGCACAACCAUGCGCAGCACGUCCAGCGCGACGAGGAGGUGUACUUCAUGCAGUGUGUUCAAAAACAGCAUGAAAAGGAGCGCCAAGCCAUGGCGCAGCAGAAACAGGCCGACAAGGAAGCCCUCAUGCGCGAGUGGAGUCGCCAGAAGAAGAAAACGUAGCACAUGCCAAAACGAGUGUUUGGGAAUUACAGGUCGUCGUCGUCGUUUCCAAGCACUGCGGGGACAGGGGCUGGGACCUGAAACGAAGAAGGUGCCACUCGAAACAUGGACUGCCCUGGCACUUGAAAUGUUGCUGGGCGCAUGGUGAAAGGAUUGACGACUUGCGCAGGUUCAUCUGCGUCGUCGUGAACAUCCAGAACUGCGAAAACGUUCUUGGGUCGAGUUACGACGGGCUGGACACGAGGACCUGAUGGUUCAACUGGAGCGUCCUUCGCCUACGCGUGUGUAAGUGUUAAUGGAGUCGAGUGCGC